AUGGCGGACACAUACCUGUCUCAACUCGCCAUUGCGGACUUGAUCAAGACCUAUGAAAAAGACCCGACCCCGGAAAAUGUCAUCAACAUGGUGCAAGGUCUCGUCGACUACGCCUUCUACCCCAAGGACAAAUGGGCCAUCAAGCAGUUCGCUGACAAGGAGAAAAACCACCACAACUACUUUGUCAUGAAGGAGGGUGACAACGGCAAGACUUUGCAUACCAUCAUCAAGAUUUCCCUCGACCCUACUGCCGCUUAUGACAACCAGUGGGACCUGUUGAUGCCCAUGCUGGACAACGCACCCAUGGCUACUGGACGAUGCUGGGGGAUUCUCGUUCGCGGCCUCAAGGUCCGCCUCUAUGAGUACCAUCGCGACGAGCCGAAGAGUUACCGUAUGGUCACCUGUGACUUCAAGAUCGGUAACAAGUCCACGCACAGCGUUAAUAUCCGCAAGGACCCCAAGGUAUUCCAGACCGUCCUCAGGCGCAUUCCUACCUACCUUCCGGAGCCUUGGGACGAUGCCCUGACUGACCGCACAAAGGUCAACACUACUUCGGAAGCUUCAACUGGUCGCCCUUAA